AUGAGCUUGAAUAUCAUCUGGUUACUUCUCAGCUUGUAUUUUUCGCCAUCUGUGCACAGCUCAGACAACUAUAAUACUGAUACUCUGGAUGCAUUUCUUCAGGAUUCUGCUUUUAAGUCCUUGCUUCGACACCGGCCUCACACUGGUGCUUUAUACAAGGCUUUGCUUCCCGCCAAUCUAUCAGGUGUGCAGGUAUCUAUAGUAAGAAUCAGAAGCCGGACAUUGUGGAACAUUGGUGCUAAUUUUAGCGACAUUCGGAUUCCAUCAAGAACCACGACAUUGCCACAUGUGAGGAGGCUGGCUAUAGUUUAUCAAGACCUGGGCAACUGGUCUUCUUACUACUACAGUGUUCCAGGUUACUCCAUGAUCACUCCUGUUGUUGGUUUUAUGGUUUUCAACGCAUCAAAUGCAAGAGCCAAACGUAUCGGGAAGGUUAGCCUGGAUACAGGUGGAAAGGCAAUAGUGAUUCGUUUCGCCAAUUCAACUAUUACUGAGAGUAUGAUAUCCUCAGGAGCAAAAUGUGUAACAUUUAGUGUUAGCGGGACAUUUCACCUUGGUGAAAUCAACCAGCUUAAUGAAUGUCAUUCUCAAGAUCAUGGCCACUUCUCCAUUGUGGUUCCGCAAGAGAGGAGUGGAAGAGAUAGAAGGAAGCAGAGUUUUUGGUAUUUGUGGGUUAUAGGUUUCGCGCUUGGAUUCAGUGUAGUUGCUUUUUUAGGAUACUUUGGGAUGGUGUCUCUGAAACUCUUGAAAACAAAGAAGAUUCAAGUAAUGGAAAGACAAGCGGAUGAAGAUUUGGUUCUUGAGACUAUUUGGGUUGGCACUAGUAAAAUGCCUUCUGCAACAGUAACAAGAACUCAACCAAACCUUGAGAAUGGAGGUUUCUAA